AUGGAAGGACCUUUACGCCCUUUUACUGAUCCGGCUAGUAAAGCCUCGGACAGGGCAUUCCCCCCGGAUGAUAAGGAUAUCGACUGCGUCUCCGACGAAUCCCUCGUCCACCUCCUCAAGUCUGCUCCGAUCCUUCAUGAUCUCGGCCAAACGACGGUGGUGCGAUUGUCCAAGGACCUCGUUUUGAAAGGCGGCGGCAAUGUGCUUCCUUGUGAGGCAAAGGUACUUCAAAUGCUUGCAUCAAAGUCCAAUAUCCGUGCUCCUCGUAUCCAUCGUUCUCUCCAUUUCAAAGACGAGACGCAAUAUUUUGGUACCAUGGGAUAUAUUGUGAUGGAUUAUAUCGACGGUGAACCGCUUGAUAGCCGCUGGAGAGACCUUAGUGACGAACAAAAGAUGGAUGUCGCGAGGCAGACGGCCCAGAUGAUUAUUGGAAUGCAGUCCAUCAAGUUAUUAGAGCCAGGUCCGAUCGGCGGAGGCCCAUGUCGCGGUCGCUUCUUCACUCACUACAGUGCCGGGCCUUUCAAGGACGUGGCCGAAUUCGAGGGCUGGUUCAACCACAAGUUGGACAUCUGUAAAACAUACAAACAUGCGCCGUCAGACCUUCCGUCCUUCAAGUUCACCGAGUUUGUUCUCACCCACCAGGACACCAGUCCGCGGAACCUUAUUCUGGACCGAGAUGGCCUGGUGUGGCUUGUGGACUGGGCAGAUGCAGGUUUCUAUCCCCGGGCCUUCGAAAUGGCAGCUCUAUGCUCUCAGUCUCAGUUCGUCGACUUUAAUAACAUGGUGCUGUCAUUACUCCUGCGAUACCCUUUGGAAGAACAGCAACUACUUUCCAUUGGAUACGCCCUUUCAACAGCUGCACUGGCUUGA